AUGGACAACGAGAUGAUGACGACCUCUGCCGCGAUGGCAGCUCGGCGAAUCAAUAACAGUCUGUCCGGGAAGAUCAUGUGGCUUCCAUCCCGUAACAGCAUCCCAAGCAACCUGCUCGAGCCUGUUCUCGAAAAUGGUGCAUAUAACCACCCGGUAGUCAUCAUGUCCAAUAACCCAUCUCCCGAGGGACUCGUCGAGGUGUUCCUGAUCACCUCCUUCGGCACAAGAAGCAUCGACGAGGCGUUCGACCACAAGUGGAAGCACUGGCUGCAUUACACACCCAUCGAGCCCGCCGUUCAUCCCGAAGUUGAACCACUUCGUCUGAUCGAAGGCAGCCAGCGGCUCGAGAAGCAAUCGUACGUCAACAGCCGUCAGGCCCACAUGGUCCAACUCGCGGCGCUGCGUCCUCACCGCGGGAGCGGCCCUGGUGCGGACUCCAUCAUCGAGCAGGCGUCGCUCAAGUCGCUGAAGCUCACGUCUCACUUUAUCGACCUCUUCAACCCUCGUACGCCUAAGAGGCUGAGGGACUACAAGAUGUGGGAGAUGGACCACAAGUGGCGCAAGGGGGAGGACCAAGCUCAGCCACUGCCUUCGGGAAGCGUGGUUACGAACCCUUACUUCCCUGCCUUUUCUUGGCUCGCCGCCGAGACACCGAGUAGUCAGGCGACUAUCAGUCAGGCAACCAGCACCCCGAUAUACAACGCCCCGACAUACAACGCCCCGACAUACAACGCCCCGACAUACAACACCCACACAUACGAUACACAAGCAUACAGCGGCUAUCAUCAAACUGUAUCUAACUGGAGAGCCACCCAGCAUCAACAUCGGGAUAUUUCGUCUCUGGCGUCCUGGAGGCCAUCCACUUCGGCUCAUUGA